CAGGAGUAUAAUAAUAAUUGAAUAAAGGCAACAUGCCUUGUUUGUCUCCUUUUUUCUGGUAGGUUGAUUAAAAGAGAGACUUUGCACCUGCCUUAAUUCCUCCAUUUUCAGUCCUUUAAAAGCUUCUAAACAAUCAAAAUUAAAUAUAAAAAGGUCUUAUCUUUAUUUUUUUUUAUUUACUAUUAGAGUGUGGGAAGCCAUGGAUUCUCCAAUUAGGUAGCUCAGAUCAGCUUUUCUUGUUGCAUUUAUGUUCAUGAUUGUGGCUGAUUUAGUAAGUUCUGGGUUUGAUUUGGAGACAUUUUUAUAUUUCAGUCAUUUUUCAAGAGAAAUUGGUGAUUAUUAUUUGAGGAUUUGCAUGUUAUGAUCUGGCAAUUGAAACUUGAAAUUGUUGGAGGGUGCUGGUUGAUGGGUGAUAUUGGGAAAAAAAAUAAUCUGGGUAUAAAUUCUGAAUCUAGGGUUAUUUAUAUAAUGUGAUUUUUAUGGAUAAUGACCCAAUUUAGUGGGUAAGAUAUGAAAUAAUUAGAGAACAUAGAGUUGAGAACCCUGUAAUUAUAUGUCAUUUUGAGAGAUUUGAUCCCUUUGGGUUGAUCUCAUAAAUUAGACCUUGAAUUUUUUUGGAAUAAAUGUUUUGUGUAUACAAAAUAAAUAGCUAUGCCAGAGAAAACCUUGCCAUCUCCAAGGUUGCUUCUGAGCAUAACAGCCUUUUCCAUGUUUUUCCUAAUAAUAUCAUCAUUUUUUCUAUUUCAUUCAGUGAUUAAUCCGUUUAUACCGUCUUCGGUUUUUAAGCAAUUUGUUGUUGAAAAUGAACCUUUUGAUUAUAAACCCGAAAUCAAUAAUGAACAACCACCUGAACAGCUUCUUGUUGUACCACUACCACCUUCUUCAAUAAUAGACACCCAAAAGGCAGAGGAAAUCCAAGUGGAUCCUCAUGAAGAUACGAGUUCAAAUAAGAAAAUUGAUGUAUUGUCCGAAAAGGAGGAAUGUAGUCUAGAUAAAGCACCCCUAAGGGUGUAUAUGUAUGAUAUGCCUCCUGAAUUUCAUUUCGGGUUGUUAGAUUGGAAGGGAGGUCCAAACCAAAUGUGGCCUGAUGUUAGUGAUCCAAAGCAUGUUCCACGAUAUCCCGGUGGCUUAAAUUUGCAACACAGUAUGGAGUAUUGGCUCACUCUUGAACUUCUGUCAUCUAAUGUUAAGAAUAUAGUUAGACCUUGUAGUGUUAUUAGAGUAGAGAAUCCUAGUCAGGCAGAUUUUAUUUUCGUGCCAUUUUUUGCUUCCCUAAGUUACAACCGGCAUUCUAAAAUUUUGGGAAGAGAAAAAGUCAGCCUCAACAGGAAAUUACAAGAUCAAUUAGUGGAGUUCCUGAUAAAUCGGCCAGAAUGGAUUAAGUCUGGUGGGAAGGACCACAUUAUCGUCGCUCAUCAUCCAAAUAGUUUGUUGUAUGUGAGAAAGAAGCUGGGUUCUGCUAGAUUUAUACUUGCAGAUUUUGGUAGAUAUGUUGCUAAAACUGCUAAUUUGGACAAGGAUGUCAUUGCUCCUUACCAGCAUAUUGUUUCUAGCAUCAGCAAGAACAGCUCAGCCCCAUUUGAGCAGCGUCCUACAUUAGCAUAUUUCCAAGGAGCAAUUUAUAGGAAGGAUGGAGGAGCUAUUCGCCAAGAACUUUUUUAUCUCCUCAAAGACGAGAAGGAUGUACACUUCACAUUUGGAAGUGCUCAAAGGAGUGGAGUCCGUCAAGCAAGUCAUGGGAUGGGAUCUUCCAAAUUUUGCUUGAACAUAGCGGGAGAUACUCCUUCAUCCAAUCGCCUUUUUGAUGCGAUUGUCAGCCAUUGUGUCCCCGUCAUUAUUAGUGACAACAUUGAGCUUCCAUAUGAGGAUGUCUUGGAUUACUCAGAGUUCAGCGUGUUUGUCUGGUCAUCAUAUGCUGUAAAACCAGGGUUCCUGGUAAAUCUUCUUAGGGGAAUUGGGAAAGAAGAGUGGACAAAGAUGUGGGAGAGACUCAAGGAAGUUGCCCUACAUUUUGAGUAUCAAUACCCAUCUCAGCCAGGGGAUGCUGUAGAUAUGAUUUGGCAGGCAUUGGCACGAAAAAAAUCUGCUGUAAAGAUGAAACGUACAGAACGAAGAUAUCGAAUGCCAUAGCUUCAAGGUAUGAAAAUGAGAAUGGAUAAAAUGCUUGAUUUUAGUCCAGAAGAAUUGGAAGUUAAGCCUUCCAUAAUAGAAGAAUUAUUCAAAUUUUGCUUAUAGAUUUUCUUUUUACCUGUGUAGAAAUACUUUGCUUAAAUUUAGUAAUUUAUGUGAUUCCUUUCGUAAUUUAUUUUCCCUGAUCUUCCCUUUGAAGAGACCUUGAUCUUAAUGGUUCGUCUAGAAAAUAUGAAAUGGAUGAUAUCUUUCUUUAUGAAUCUUCUUUGGUUCAUGGCA